UCCUCCCUCUGUCUGCUCCUCUCCCUCCGUUCUCGUGCCGGCCCUUCCUCCGCCUCUGCCCGGCCACAGACCCCGCCGACUCUCGGGGACACACUAGUGAGGAAUUGUUUUUAGCUCGGACAUGACGAGAUAGAGAGAGAGAUAGAGAAAGAAGAAAAAUAGCGGGUCGCAUUGCAGCAUCUCGCACAUACUCCAAUCUGUAGACAUUUUUUUAGAUUAAUGUUUUUCUUAAGAGGAAAAACAAACUUUGUACGCCAUGGAAAUAUGUAAAAAAUCAUUCCGGAGACUAAACUUGGACACAAACUGUGCCUUCUGAGCACAACCAGCGGGCUGGCAGACACUCAACAGGACCGUUAGGUUAUUGCUAGCUAGCUAAGUGGGACCUGGACGGCUUGUGGAAAAAACAUUUUUUUUAUAUAAUUGCAAGCCGGAUAUCACUUUUAACUACGGGGGGGGGAAACACCAAAGAUGCUGUCUGGGCUGAGCGAGUGGUUCUGGCAGGAGCGGCUGUGGUUUCCAGAGGGCCUGGGCUGGGCUGACCUGGAGGAUCGGGAUGGACGAGUAUACGCCAAAGCCCACGACUUGUGGGUGGCGCUACCCAUCGCCCUUAUAUUCCUCAUUGUGCGUCAGAUCUUUGAAAGGACGGUGGCUACACCCCUGGCUUCUCUGCUCGGGGUGAAAGAAACAGUGCGGCUCAAAGUCCCUCACAACCCCACACUGGAGUCCUACUACUGUAACAUUACCAAAAGUCCCACACAGACUUCAAUAGCAAGUCUUUGCAAGCAGACUGGCUAUUCAGAAAGACAAGUGCAGCGAUGGUUCAGGAGACGAAGGAACCAGGACAGACCGAGUUUGCUCAAAAAGUUUCGAGAGGCCAGUUGGAGAUUUACAUUUUACCUUCUUGCUUUCAUUGCUGGCCUGGCCGCCCUCAUCGAUAAACCUUGGCUGUAUGACCUGAAAGAGAUGUGGCAAGGCUUCCCUGUGCUGACUCUCCUGCCAUCUCAGUAUUGGUACUACAUGAUUGAGCUAGGUUUCUACAGCUCUCUGCUCUUCAGUGUGGCUUCUGACGUGAAACGCAAAGACUUCAAGGAGCAGAUAGUUCACCAUGUGGCGACCAUCCUCCUCAUCAGCUUCUCCUGGUGUGUUAAUUACAUCCGUGCUGGAACUCUCAUCAUGCUGGUUCACGACUCAUCAGAUUACUUCCUUGAGUCUGCAAAGAUGUUCAACUAUGCUGGGUGGCGAAAUGCCUGUAACUACAUCUUCAUUGUAUUUGCUGCAAUCUUCAUUAUCACUCGGCUGGUCAUCUUCCCCUUCUGGAUUAUUUACUGUACGUGGGUUUACCCAGUGACCAUCUAUGAACCCUUCUUUGGCUACUACUUUUUCAACGGACUUUUGAUGACUCUGCAGUGUCUACAUAUCUUCUGGGCUAUCCUCAUCAUACGCAUAGCAAUCCGCUUCCUCACCAAUAACGAAAAAGUUGACGAUGAAAGGAGUGACAAAGAGGAAACAGAUGAAUCAGAAGAAGAGGAGGAUAAAAAGUACAUGGAAAAAAAUGGACCAGUGCAGAACGGUCACACAGUCCACAACAACAACCACCGCAAGACAGAGUAAAAGUGUCAGGACAAAAGAAUGUGAGAAGGACUCAUAUCCCUCUGUAGGGGAGCAGGAGGGAGGGAUGGCGAGAGAAAGAAGAGGGGAUUGUGGUUUAGGGCGGGGCCAAGUCAUCCCCUUUAAACCAAGAACAGCAGGUAUCCUGAGGAAAUUUGACAGUUACUUUUGCACACCACAAACACUCAUACAUGUUCAUUCGUACUAUUAGAGGGCACAGAGAUCCAGCAGAUAAUAUACACUACAUUAGGUGGCAUGGCUUUUUUGCUUUGUCAUUAGAGAAAAAUUAUCAUUGUCAGUGUGUCAGUCACAAAAUUUCAAUAAGGCAGGGAAGAAAAUGGAUGGAGGAUGGGGGUGAUGCUGCUUCUACUGCUUCUAGCUUUCCUUGUUCUUUGUGCCUUAGAGCCAGCUAAUGGCUGGUAAAAUGCCAUUUUUAAAAAGCUUUCUGCUUUAAUCUUGUGUUGCUUUAUUUUGUUGCACCUUUUUGUUUUCUAAUAAAAGAACAAAAGAGUGAAAGUGAGAUAAUAGGGCAUUUAAUUCCCUAAUUUUUUCCUUGUCUAUGCAAUUAUGUAAGUGUUGAUAUUGCAACGUCUUUGCACAAACACAGUGUCUCUUAUAUACUGUAAUAACUUACAGUAGGACUAUGGCCUCUGGUCUCCAAUGCAGCCCGUGCUAUUUAUAAAUUUACCUUGUUUAAGGUUUAAAGAGUAAAUCUUGCUUUCUUGUUUUAAUUUCGGUUCAAUUCUUAAUUUAGUAUUGUACAAUAAAUUCUUCCAAAAGAGAUGAUCUCUGAUUUGCAAAGGUCUUCAUUCUCAGUUCUUUGCUGUUUGAGCAGGCAGAAAUACCCAAGUGCUUAGCACAAACACUGCAAUAUAAAUCACUGCUUCCUGCUAGUUUUGACAAAGCUGAAUGUUUUUCCUUUCUGGUUUGGCUAAAGCUGUUUGAUACAGUUGAGUCUUGAAUCAUGCUGAUGCUGCCACCUGCUGAAAACCAAUGACUCAACAAAAUCAUUGCAAAGUUGGGAUGCUUUGUUGAAAUAAAGGAGUUUUACUAAAUAGAAUGGAAUGGGACAGAUUAACCAAUUCCGGAUUUCACAAUUAUGGGCCAGAUUUCUUCAAUUCACUGCCUUGUAGCCUGGGUUAUGUUUGUUAACCUGGGUUAGAAUUUACGUGUUGAUCUAAGUGAAUGAUUUUAGGUAUGAUUGUGUGUAUAAAACGGGUUUUGAUGUUAAAAAAUAUUGAAAUCAAUUUUUAGCAAUUUAGUGUUUGAGACUUAUGAGGAAUUCAAGAAAUGAAUGUUGCAGUUUCGUUGUUAUGCUUUAGAGUUGGUUGUAUGUCAAGUGCCUUAUCAGUAAUGUAUUGGAAGCUCUGUCCUGUCUUCAUGUCCACUUGUUUUCUUUCCUGUCUCCACAUGACAGAUCUAACCCUAAGACUAGUAUCUCCUACCUCCACUGUCUCAUCCAUCACUCCUCUUCUUCAUAAAUUACCUUCCUUUCAAACUCACCCUCAUUCCACCACCACGUUCUUUUUUACUAACCCAGACCAACCGGCAACCUCUUUUCCCCCGGUGAUAUAGAAGAAACAGCUGUCCUAAUUACAGUGUUAUUUGUUUCUUAUUUUGUAUUUUUUUUGUUCAAUGAUGCCUAAGUAUUGUUAUUAACAAUAAAAACAAAGAUCAUGAAUCACAA